AUGGGCAAAGCACAAUUUCUAAAUUUAUUUUAAUUGUAUUAAUAAGUAAGAAAAAGAAAGUAUCUUGACGUUAUAGCCUAUAAUUUUAUGAGCUCGAUAAUACAGAAGAAGGAUUUAAAGCAAUUAUAUCUUUAGCCUAGAAAGUUGAAUUUUCAUAUAAUAGAUAAAGUAAUGUAAUUUUAGAAUCAAAGAUCAAAUGGUGGAGCAUUAUGCUAAAAUAAUACUAAUCAAGGAAAAUGCUAAUAUUGA